CAGGGCCUCUGCUGCUCAGCCUGCCCUGGGGAGGAGUGGCAGGGUGCAGCCCUGUGUCCGUCUCCCCACUGCCCCCGGAAGUGGCUGCUUUGCGGGAUGCCUGAGAUGCCGGGAUUAAUUCCCCAGCCAUGGUGUGUGGUUCGGGCGAGCAUUCCAGUGGCUCGCCGUCCCCCAGCUGGGGGGACGCAUGGGCACCGGCCUGGCCCAGCAUCGCCACCUUUUAUGGUGAAGCCGAGCGUGGAAUCCAGGCCCGGGGUGACUUCAUCCAACCUGGGCUGAGCCCUCGCCCUGGAGGGCCAGGCCCUGUGCAUGCAUGCCCCAGGGGCUGCGUGGGCCGGCUCUGCUGAGGAGCAUCCUCUGCCAGUGUUGACUUCCUCCCGGGCUGACCCUAACCCUUGACCUGCUGUGCUGAGUCCCACCCAGAGGCAGCCAUAUUUCUGAAACCCCCAGCCCAGCCGCCAGCAUGCCCAGCUUCUCAAAGGACACCAGCUCUCUCAGCCCGUAAGGGGGAACCAACUGCAGGAGCAGUUCCCGGCCACCCGCCCCCAGGGAAGCCACGUGAGAUCCAGCCAACUUGUUUCACAAGUGAGUACAACUUCUACUCACUCCUGAGCCAUGCAGGACUCGACCUGGUGACAUCUGGGCAAAACAGCCCGAGCCGGCUGCUCCUCCAUGUGAACAGAACUGGGCCUAACGAGGGGGGGCAUCUUCUUAAAGCCCCCCUCCCCCGGCCAAGCCACUCCCCCCAGGUGCAGAGUGCAGGCUGUGGCCUGCCUGAGCUGUUUUUCCAGUGGAUUAAGAGCUGAGCCGAUAUGGAAAAGUCUCGGAGCCACCGGCCUUGAUUUAUCAUCCCAAGAAAGAAAAAUCCCCAGCCUUGCCCUGGCUGCUGUUUAUUAUUUUUCCAAUGCUCCUAAGGAAAACCUCCAGGCUUUGCCACAGGUGGGAGGCUGUGGACACACAGUUCAGGCCAGCUGAGCCUGCGGGGGCGCUGGGUGAUUUAUCGUCUCCUUCACCCCAUCUCUGCUGGGCGACCUCUCCCAGCCCAUGUCUCCGGCAUGGGCCGCUCAGCUGUGUAACCCCACAGGUCGCAUCACUGGCCAGCAGCGGGCCCUGAUUAACACUUAGAGGCACCUGCCCUGGUUGAUGAAGGUGGAGUGGUGGGUUCUGGCUGCCAAAGGGGCAAAAGCCCCUUGAAUCAGGGCCUGUUAAGGGACUGCAGCCCUAGCCCCAAAGCCAGGUCACACCUGAGCUGGGAAAGGCCCCAUUCCCUGCCCCUUAGAGCCAGCCACUCUCCCUGCCCAGCGGCUGGCUGGAGCCGCUGCCCUGAUCUCCUUUCUAACCCACCCCGGGGCUGGAUCAGAACCAGUGCUGGUGCCUGGACUGCCCCUCUAGUUUCGUUCCCAGUCCACCCCCUUGCUCUGGGCGAAAGCAGAGUCUGUUCCACCAGGGGCUAGGAGGAGUCAGCUGGGCCGUGCCACCCUGAAAGCAGAGCCAUGAUAAGGAGCAUGAGCUUGGGCCCAGCCAUCACGCUGCACCCGGGGCGCUGGCAGUUAACAGAACCCUGCCUGGCUCCUGCCCUGCGGGUGGAGGGACGCUGAGCCCAUGCGGCAGGGAGCACAGCUCUGAAAGCCGGGGCCCUGUGGGGGUGGGAGGAGCAGGUGCCUUGCCAGGAAGGCAGAGAAGCAAAGGGCAGGCAGGGCUGCAGCCCUAGAGCUAAGGUGAUUGCCCAGCUGGUGCUGCGGGAAGGGAGCGACCAGCCCGCCCCAGUGGGGUUGGGCCUAUGGGGAAGCCAGCUGCCUCCUUGAUCCCCAGCCAGCAAUGGGAGAAUGGGGGGCACAGUGACUCCUGCCCCAUGUACCAUGGAAUGGGGCCCUCCACCAUAAUGUCUGUGACAGGUCCUGGGUGGGUGGUUAGCGUGGUGGGGGGGCAGGGACUCCUGGGUUCUAUCACCAGCUCUGGGAGGGGCGUGAAGUUGAGUGGUUACAGCAGCUAGGGGGCAGGGCUGGAAGUCAGGGUCCCAAUCCUGACUCUGCCAUGAGGUGCUGUGCAGCUAAGUCCCUUCCCCCUGUGGUGCCUCAGUUUCCCCACUCUGUCCAAUGAUGCUCCUGGCCAGGAGGCUGCCCCAGCCUGGACCCCUGUGCGCCCCUCCAGCUGAGCAUCGUGGAGUGACAUUGAACAUGCUCAUGUGGCCAACGCCCUCCCUGCUGCAGCCAGUUCCUGGCCCUGCUACGCCGCCGCCUAAAGGAAAACCCAGCCAUGAUUUAUCCCCAGGGAGUCGGGCUGCCCUUGGCGCAGCCCCCGGCAUUCCUCGCAUUGCUCUCGCCUUUCCCCACAUGCUGCUCUCGUUAGCCCGGCCGGCUGGGGGGGGCGCUGCGCUGGCGGGCGUCUGGCCCCUCAGAUCUCCCUGCUAAAAAUAACCCCCUGGGACGGGCCAGGAGAUAACACCUGAGCCGCCUCCGUUCCCAGAGCCCAGCGGUGGGCAGAGGCAGCUGGUGUGUCUGGCUGCCAGAAGCCCCCCCCCAGCCCCUUUGCCUCUGCAGCUAGUUCCCAGCCCCCCCCCCAUGCUGGCAGCAGGGCUGGCUCAGGCAGGCCUCAAAGGCUGAGACCUGGCUCCUCGAAGAUAUUUAGGUGCCUAGCUCCCAGAAUCAGGUGCCUAAAUACCUUUGAGGUUCUGGCCCCACAUGGCCACUGAGUGCCCGGGUUGGGGGGUGUUACUGAACAGCUCGGGGGCUGGGGCUGGCCUUGCUCUGGAAAGGUCCCCCUCCCCUUGCCCACAGAGUAUUUACUUCUUGGUACAAGCACCCACAUGGGAGUUAAAUAUCUUUGGCUCCCAGGUGGGAAGAGCUGAAUUCUGCUUGUGGUGCUGUACAAGGUGAGGCCUGCGGAUGUGCCUGUAUCUAGUAGCAGUGAGUUCCACAGGCUUUUGGGCCAGCCACUGGGAACGUUGUGUCUCCCUGGAGGGGAAGUCUAGUCAAAGUAUCACAGAAUCAUGGAAUAUCAGGGUUGGAAGGGACCUCAGGAGGUCAUCUAGUCCAACCCCCUGCUCAAAGCAGGACCAAUCCCCAACUAAAUCAUCCCAGCCAGGGCUUUGUCAAGCCUGACCUUAAAUCUGACCUUAAAACCUUAAAGUACAAUCCCCACAUUACAUAACAGAGCCUCACCCACCAGGGCUUCCUUCCCCGCCUCAACUAGCCUGUGUCUAGUAUUUCAGGGGUUCAAAAUGCUUUAUUGUUAAUGGCAUCCCUAGACGCUGGUGGGUGACAGCAUCACCAUUUGACAGAGGGGCAAGCACGGGCCACCUUUCCCUACGCAGUCGGGGGAAGGCCGGGCUCUGAAAACCAGAGCCCUGCGAAAGAUUGAGGAGGAAAGUCCCAGACUAGGAAACACUAGACCUCCACUUCCCUUUGGUGCUCGGAAGAGAACCCAGGCGUCCUGACUCCCACUCCUCCAACAACUAGCCCUCACUCCCUCCUAGAGCGAGGAAGAGAACCCAGGUGUCUGGACCACCCCCUUGGAAGGCUAGCCCAUUCCCCUCCCUCUGGGGUGUUUCCACUCCUGCCAUCUCCCCUCCAGCCUGGCCGGGCCUGGCUUCACCGCCCUGCUCGCCACUGGCACGGCCAGCGGAGGAAGGAGUGGAAGGAAUGCGCUCGCCCGGCCGCAGGCCCAGACGGCGCCGAGCCCUCUCCUGUCAGCGCCGGCCCUGAUUUAUCCCCGGGGCCUGUGACGCUGCGUGCAAUCCCCCUGCCUCGGCCCGGCGCAGGGAGACGUUCCAUACACGGCAGGACUAAGCCGGGAACCAGACGGCUGCUCUUCCCCUCCGCCCCCAAAUUCUUCUUCCUCCUUUGCUGACCUUUCCCUCGGCAUUCCCGGAACGCCAGCACAAGUGGAAGCAGCUGAGCGCCAUCCCGGGGGGCUCCUACCUGCCCUACAGCAGUGGCAUGAUGGGAGAUUCCCCACGGCACUGACCUACCCCGAGCCACCAGCUCACACUGGGCUCUGUGGUAGAUCUCACGCUAAGCAGCAUCCAGCCAGAGCUGUACUUGGAGGGUAGACCAUCAAGCUGCCACCCAAGGCGCACAGAGGCCUGCGACUGCUGGUUAAGGGGGAACUUGUGGUAGAAACCUCUAGGAUUUACCUAGGGCCCAGCCCACGGCUCAGGGGUGCGGGGAAGCAGAGACCAGCUGAGCACACAUGCUCAUUAAAGGCUCCAGAACCUUCGUGCAGAGUUGGUGUCUGGCCAAAAUCCUAGCUCCUCAUUCCGCUACAGACCCAUAAUCGCCUGCAGCGUCGCUCUGCCCCAGACCUGGGCGAGUGACCCAGACAGACCUUUGGGUUUAAUGACACCUCCCUUGUUUGACUACUUGGGUCAAACAAGAAUCCUAGAAACAAAGAGCUGGAUGGGACCUCGAGAAGUCCAGCCCCCGGCACUGAGGCAGGACUGUGUAAACCUAGACCAUCCCUGACAGCUGUCCAUCCAGCCUGUUCUUGAAAUCCUCCAAUGCCGGGGAUCCUGCAGCCUCCGGAGCUUCGCGGAGUGUUAGAAAGGUAACCGAAAUCUCCCUUGAUAGGAGCAGGAACUUUAGCUCCGGAGUAGGCAUCCAAGCUGCUGUCUAACGGCUGUGGGAACCCCAAGGGGUAAUGGGGUGCGAGGGCCAAGGCUGGGGCAGAGGAUGGCAAAGGAAAUCGGGCUGAGGCAGGAAGGGUUAAAGGCUGUGGCAUCUGGGAGCCCACUUGCUGAGUCCCAUGCAGGCCGCAGUGUAGGGGAUGGGGCAGGUGACAUAAGGGGGAUUUUCUCUCUGGUUCAUCCCCAGGCUGUGCUGGUGGGAGGCAGGAAGCUGGGGAGACAGAAGCAUGGAUGAUGCAGAUGGGAAAGCCCUCUAGCCCCUGCUCCCCAAGGCUGGGCUGGCUCCCGAGUUUAUGGAAGAAGCAUCCGAGUAGAACAGGGCACGGGCUCCUCCCGAAGCGCACAGCUCUGGGGAGGUGACCUGCCCUCCACCUGGUCUAGCAGGGGCCGAGUCUGUGCCACACGCAGCGAGCUGUUGGUUCCAGGGAGCAGCCAGCACUAGGCAGGCUCUGGCCACAAGCCGCCCAGAGCAGCCUUCUUCUAGCUUGGGAGCAGAGGCCAUAUAGUGGCCUGUCCUGAAAAAUAGGCCCCUUCUGACCACCGGUUACCCCAACGCCCCACGGGCUGCCUGGAUGCGGAGAGCUAAAUCGGGCACCCCCACCUCCUAGGGCCAAAGGGGUUUGGGUGCAUAGCAGGGGCUGCUGCCCAUCUCUUCCUCGCCUCUUUAUCUAGCCCAGGGAGCUGAGGGCCUGAUCCUGCCAGCACCCUGCAGGGGAACCGCACUGACUUCUACGGGACUGGGGCAGAGGCCUUCCAGGGCCUGCCCCGAAUCAGGGAGAGACAGGGGAGAAGGCAAAGUGCUCAUGGGAGGAAUUCUGGCUGGGGGAGGGUGAAGUGAACCUGAUGCCCUGCACUGCCUCCUCUGGGCCCACAACUGGAGGGUUGUCUGUGGCAACUGCCCCCUGAGCUGCAUUGCGGGAAAGGGGGAAGUUCGAGCCAGCUGCGCAUUGCUGCCUCGCAGAGCUGGGAGAGGGAAACCUGCCUGACCUCCAGCGUGGAACCAAAUCAAGCCCAGUAAAUCCCGGCUCCAUCCCAUCCACCAGGGCCAGGAGUCCCCCCUUUCCGGCCGUCUCGCCAGACAGACACAGGCCUGGGCAGCCCGUCCGGCCAGGCGUACUUAUGCUCUACUAAUAGUCUGUUACCAGCCGGCUCAACGUGUUACCCUAGCCCACCCCUGCCGCGACCCUAUAAUUUAUGUACAAUCCCCCUUCCAUCUCCCCCCGCUCUCCCCCAAAGGUAUUUGCACAGCAGAUCUGGGUGUAAUCAAGUCCAGGAAUUUCCAUUCAAGUAUCCUGGGCUUUCUUUUUUUUUUUCCCCAAGAUUUUCGGUUAACUCUUUCAGACGGGGAGAGGAGGACGAGGAUUUAACCCCAUCCCAGCUCCCCAAACUCCACCGAUCUAACGUCGCCUUCAGUCAAACAACCCGGGGCCAGGGUGACGUGAGCGGGCGCAAUGUACCACCUUGGAGUGCAGUUCGUGGCUAGCCAGCUCGGCCGUGAGCAUCCUACCGUCCAGAGUCAAAGACUCUACCCCGACUGCAAAAGAGAGACCGGAUCGAAUGCAGGGUCAAGACACCAACGCCAGAGACUCCGCUGGGAAUGAGUCUCCUUCCAGCCCCCCUGAACCCGCCCUGCAUUUGGCCCAGCAUGGAAUGUUUCAAGGGUUACGAAGAGUUAACGCCUGCCCUGCCAACCCCCCAGGCCAUCCCAAGGAGGAUAUAAAUUAGAGAUGAGCCACCUUCCUUUCAGAAGCCAACCCGGCUUAAUUGGGGAAGGAUGGAUUCAUCCCAGCUCCUCUGCAGCAUCUCGUUCAUCCUCCUGGUCAGACCCGCUGUCUCCCAGCCACUGGAAGACAAGAGGCCCACGCUGAUGGAAGAGCAGGAGCCGGGUACCAGCAUCAGGGAUCUGCUCUGGGCACUCCUAGAGACGCACAUGCCAAAGGGACCUUCCCUGCAUGUCCCGGACAACCCUAGAAACCUGCUGCCCUACGCCUCCCCCAAGCCGGCCAAGCGCCGUCAGAAACGCUUGUGGGAGCAGCCAGAGGAGCAGGAGUGCCGGCUGCGGAGCUUGCUGCUGCGCGUCAAGGACCUGGGCCUGGGCUAUGACUCCGAGGAGACCAUCCUGUUCAAGUAUUGCAGCGGGAGCUGCCCCAAGGCCCGCACCAACCACGAUCUGACGCUCUCCGUGCUGCUCCAGAAGAGUGAGAUCCCGGCCCUGGGCGAGAAGAUCGUUGGCGACCCCUGCUGCCGGCCAACAUACUAUGAGGACGUGGCCUUCCUGGACAACAGCCACCAGUGGCAUGAGGUGGAGAAACUCUCUGCUUCUGCCUGCUCCUGCGUGGGCUGAUAUUGCUGACGGGAGGGUGCGUCAGCAGGGUGGGCGUAGCGCCGAUGUUAAAGCAGUCAGUAUUUCUUCCUCCCACACCCUUGAACCCGUAGCCUGAGAGAAGCCCAAACUCCAUGCCACAGAUCCCACAGGACGGGGGCCGGGACUUUUGCCCCUUGAAGGGCUCCCUCUAGGGGUGGGAGAAGGGAAUGCUAUCACAACAACAAUGGCGUUCACUUCACACCAUCCCCUCCUUCCAACCCCAUCCUGUUUCUUUGCAUUACUGAGAUGCUAGCUUGUUUGCUAAAGCCUGGAACUUCAAAGGCAUUUAGGCUCCUAACUUCCACUGAAAACAAUGGGAGUUAGGAGCCUAAAUACCUUGGAAGCUCUGAGCCCGAGAUCCUGCCUGGAGGAGGUGUGCAUGGCUCAUCUACACACAGGUGCAGGGGGAGAGCUGGACGAUAAGAGAUAUUUAUGGAUUCCUAAGUUAUUUAUUUAUUUGGUUUCUUCCACUAAGGGCAGGGUGGGCUAGGGAUCUCGUUCCCGCUGCCUCCCUACCUGAGCUUCUUAGAGUCCCUUUUUAAUUUAUUUGCUUCUUUCUGCUAGUAGAGAGUCGGGGAUUGUGUUUGGUUGCUCGUUUUCAGGCAUGUCUUGGGAACGGCUGAAAUGUACACAGUGGUUUCAAACUAAUAAAAGCGGUGAAACUGAUCAAAAGACGUGUGGCUAUUUUGUGGGA